AUGUUCCACAACCCCACCGCCUCAACCUACAAACACACCAACCCCUCCACAAACCCCUCCGUCGAGCCCUUCCACCGCAGCCUCCCCGACUACGCCAUCACCCCUCUAAUCCCCUUACCAGACCUAGCCCAAGAACUCAAUCUAGGCCACAUCCUCCUAAAAGACGAAUCCAGCCGUCUCGGCCUCCCCGCCUUCAAAAUCCUCGGCGCAUCCUGGGCCAUCCAAGUCGCCCUAACCAAAAAAUGUUCCCUCCCCAUCACCGCCACACUACAUGAACUAGGUGCAGCAGCGAGGAAACAAGGGGUGGAGUUAGUGACGUGUACGGAAGGGAAUUGGGGCAGGGCUGUAGCGCGGAUGGCCAAGUAUCUAGGUGUGAAAGCAGUGAUUUUCGUGCCUGAUUUUAUGGAUGAGGCGACGGCGGGGAGGAUUAGGGGUGAGGGCGCGACGGUGGUGGUUGUGGAUGGGGAUUAUGAUUUUUCGAUUGAGAAAGCGAAGGAGGAGGCGGGGAAGGGGGAAGGGGGGAUGUUGGUUAUGGAUGUGAGCUGGGAGGGGUAUGAGGAGAUUCCUGAGUAUGUAGUACAAGGCUACAUAACCAUGCUCACGGAAACCGACACACAACUCAAAGACAUGAACAUCAAACCCGUAACCCACGCCAUCGCCGCCGUAGGCGUAGGCUCCUGGGCACAAGCCGUAACCAGCCACUACAAGUCCUCAUCGCUCCCCCAACCCGCCACUGUCAUAACCGUCGAGCCAGAUACAGCAGCCAGCCUCAAGACGAGUCUGGAGAAAGGCAAGAUCACGCCUAUCUCCACCGGCCAUACAAUCUGCAACGGCAUGAACUGCGGGACGACGAGCACGACGGCGUGGGAGGUAUUGAGAAAAGGCGUGGAUUGA